UUGAAGAUACUGAAUGGUAUACCAAUCUAAUGUUGACGAAAUCAUUAUUCUCGGCUGUUGCUGCUCUGGCCAACCUUCCCUUGGGCCUUUCAUUUAACAAUCCGGCCGGAGUAGACAUCUGGUGUGGAAAGGCAUAUCGCGCUAGCAAUGAAUCUUUGAAUCCAGGUGGGUGGUUUGAGGAGCCCUCCCUGUCCUCAACACCGCUGCUGGAUCUCAAAGUCAAACCACGGAUGAGUAUUUACAUUUCUAGCGACUCUGAAGGAAGCCUUCUCGUGGAUGCAGCCGUGUCGUAUCUUAGUGGCGAAAAAUUGCCCUGUACCAAGUCAAGUGUCGAUUCACUGGUUCAUCAUUCGCAUUUAUCCAUCGAAGUUACUUCGGACGAAAAUCUGAUUUCAAUGGGAACGAAAGAGCAGCAAAUAUCGUUGGACACACGGGAUAAUGAGCUCAAUAUUAGUCUGGAACAGUUCCCAGCCCGUCUGACUCCUUAUAAUAUUACCCUCAGCGCGUCUUUGGACCAUGGAGAUAAGAAAAUAACAUUUGUAGCGACAACUCAGUUGUAUAGACUUCCACAACGUACAGAUGGUGGAAGUUCCACAAGACUUGACCAUCUCUACGGCGGGCUGGCUGUUAUCAAAGGCGAGGAGACUGAAUGGACACCGAUUUUCCCCUACACAUAUUACGUCCAAUGGUCUCUCUACUGGAACGCAAAUGUAUCCACACUAGACGAAUUUGCUUCUCGAGGAUACAACGUCAUCCACAUCGUCCCAACAGGUGACUUUGGCGACACGCCUUUUCCUUGGGAUGAAUUUGAGCCAUAUCUGCAACGCGCCGAUGAGCUCGGCUUAUACUUCCAAUAUGACGUGCGUUGGGAUUAUACAAACCUGACCACGAUGAUCGACCAAGUCACCCGCCUGCGUUCCCACCCAUCCAUUUUGCUCUGGUAUACCGGUGACGAGCCCGAUGGAAAAAGCAACCCAAUCAACUCGACCGGUAUUGCAUACGACACCAUCCGCUCACUAGAUCUGUAUCAUCCUGUGUCAUUAGCUCUAAACUGCUACGAUUUCUAUUACGAGGAUUAUGCAUCUGGGGCCGAUAUCAUCUUGUCAGACGUCUACCCUAUCUCAACCAACACUAGCUGGUCCACCGUCUACGACACGCCCUGCAAUACGACAUACGGGUGCUGCGGAUGUGAUGACUGCAACGGCCGUUUCGAAGACAUUUCUGACCGACUUGACAAUUUCGCGCAUUUUGACGAGAUCAUCGGAUGGCCGAAAACCCACUGGGGUGCACCACAAGCGUUUGGCAAUGAGACGUUUUGGACACGCUAUCCAACUGCAGAUGAGGAAGUUGUCAUGACUAUGCUCAGCAUUAACCAUGCUGCAAAGGGUAUUGUGAUGUGGGAUUUCCCGACAUCGACAGACAUUCUAAGUGCAACGGACGCGCUGGCGGCUGUUCUAACGAGUGAGCGUGUGGCAGGUUUCUUGGUCGGUGCACCAAUUGUGCAACAGUUGACAGUGGCUGGUGGAGAGAGGGUGGAUGCUGCUGCGUGGGUGAUGGGCGAUCAGAUGUUGAUUAGUAUUGUCAAUUUGAAUUACGGAAGCGUGCCUCGAACCGUUAGUGUUAGUUUGCCUAAGAAGAGAUCAGUGAAGUCGAUAACCAACACACUCUGGGGUGAGACGGUUUGGAAGGUUGCUGAAGAGUCCUUGUGGGCUAGUGGGAUUGCAGGACUGGGUGUAUCGAUUCUGGUGGUGGAUUUGAAGUAGGGCGGUUGAGUCUAGCUUUAACUUUCCGUAUUCUGUUCAAUCUAUUGCGCGUCUGAAUAAGGCAGAACCAUGGACAAAGCAAACAAUUAUGAAGAGCACAAAGGGUAUGUAUAUCCAUUAAAACUCAUGUCCGUACAGUCAUUGACCAAAGUUAAAACGUGAAGUGACUGGCGAGUCAAGGAAUUGUUAUAUACAAAAU